AUGAUGGUGCCUAGAAAUAAUCCGCUACUAGUUUUCAAUAGGCUAUUCCUUCGAUGCCGGGGUGUGAGUUCACCAAUGCAGAGAAACUUAUGUCAGAUACCACACAGGAACCUCAGUUUUUCCUGUACGCCAUUAGGAGAGAACCCUUUACUACGAUCUGCGACCAAUAUUUCGUUGGUGCGGAACAAAAGGUUCUACAGCGGUGGGGGGAAGAACAACGAGUUUAAGGAAGAUGAAACUAAAAGUGAAGAAAGAAAGAAAGAUGAACCGCGCGGUAUCAAAGGGUUGAUGGCCAAAUACGGUUAUUCUGCAUUGAUCGUAUAUAUCCUGUUAACAUGUAUUGAUUUGCCCCUAUGUUUCUUAGGAGUCCAUUCACUAGGUGAGGAAAAAAUCAAGAUAUAUCUGAAUAGAGGUAAGCAGCUAAUUGGGAUGGACGGGUCAGAUGAAAGCAAAGUGAUCGAAGAAGUGAGGAAGAAGCAAGCCCGCCGCGAAGCCAUCCAGGCGAAAAACGCCAAUGAUGUAGAGGACGCGUCGAAGAAGACGCUCAAUGAAAGAUGGCAAGAGAUGAAGGACAGCACGCUGUUAGCAGAACUGCUGAUCGCGUACGGUGUACACAAGAGUUUAAUCAUCGUAAGAGUGCCCCUGACGGCACUGCUAACACCAUCCUUCGUCAGAUUCUUGCAGAAGUUUGGCAUCGACCUAAUGAAGAAGCAGAAGAAAGCAUUCCAAAUGAUGGCCUCGGAAGCUAAAUUAAGGUACAAGGGGAACAACCCUAGCGAUUUCAUAAAGAACGAGAGCACAAGCGCACUGGAAAUUACGAGGCGCAAACCAAAAACUAAGGGCCAGAAAUGGUUCAAUGGCCUAAUGUAA